AUGGAGCCAGAUAACAACAAAGCCUGGCUAGUGAUAUUCUACAGGGACGGUACAGAUGAUAGUGUAAACUACAAUCAGCCAUAUAGUCAGUACAAGAGAUAUCAAGGAUUUGGGAACAUCAGUGGUAAUCAUUGGAUUGGAUUGGAAUUUAUGCAUAACUAUACUCAGCUCUAUAACACAAUCUUACGCAUUGAGCUAACAGCCAACAAAAUCAAGCAUAUCCUCAUGUAUGAUCACUUCAGUAUCAGUAGCAAAGAAUCAGGAUACAGACUGAACGUUGGAAACUAUAAUGGGACACUCCCUAAUUAUCUCUCACAUCACAACAACAAUCCAUUCUUAACCCCAGACAAAGAAACCAAUAGCUACAAUUGUGCUACUCUGCAUCAAGGUGGCUGGUGGUACGAGUGCUG